AUGCCUAAGCUUUUCAAAGAAUUUUAUCCCAAGACAGCACUGAUUAUUGACUGCACAGAAAUACAGAUGGAGCGUCCAUCUGCAUUGGAUAAUCAGUCCUCCUGUUACUCUUCCUACAAAUCUAGAACAACCAUGAAAAGCCUAGUGGAAAUUAUCCCAAGUGGUGUCAUUGGAUUUGCUAGUGAAUUAUACCCUGGUAGUGUUACUGACAAAGAAAUCACAGUAAAGAGUGGUUUCUUGGCUUUUUUGGAGCAAGGUGAUGAAAUUAUGGCUGAUAAAGGUUUUCUUAUUCAAGAUGAACUUGCUGCAGUUGGUGCAACCCUCAUAAUACCUGCCUUUUUAAAAGGGAACAGCAGUUUUCGAAAGAGGAAGGAGAAAAAAAACAAGAAAGUAGCAAGUUUGAGAGUUCAUGUCGAAAGAUGUAUGGAGCGAAUUAAGAAUUGGCAUAUUUUAGAUAAACCUAUUCCAGUUUCCCUUGCAGGGGUAGCUUCAGACAUUUUUAUUGUUAUUGCAGCACUCACAAAUUUCCAUCCUCCACUUAUUUCAUUAUUUCCGGUUUGUGACUGCCGUCCUCUUGACGUUCACGACGUGAAAACAAGGCGACUGAGGUUGUGA